GGACGUAGGGAAGUCUCACUGGUUGGCCCCGGCUCAGGGGCGGUGGCGGUGGGCAAGGCUCCCGGCGUUCUCUGACACUCCUGCCUGCUUCCCCUCGUCCUCCCCCGGCUGGCGGCGACCGGCAGCAGAUGCAGUGGGCCCGGGGCGUGCGGCCUGGAAGUUUCGUGACGCCUUGACCAUGAGCCCCACACAGUGGGACUUCCCUGUGGAGUUAUGUUGUCGGCCUAUGGCUUUUGUUACCCUCACGGGCCUGGAUGUGGUUUAUAAUGCUGUACAUCGAGCUGUCUGGGAUGCUUUCUGUGCCAACCGGAGGGCCGAUCGGGUACCGAUUUCUUUCAAGGUGCUCCCAGGUGACCACGAGUAUCCCAAAUGUAGACCCAAGAGAACUUCGUACGAGUGGUACAUCCCCAAAGGGAUCUUGAAGACGGGCUGGAUGAAUAAACAUCUGAAUCUGGUGCCAGCCCUGGUGGUUGUGUUCUACGAGCUGGACUGGGACGAGCCCCAGUGGAAAGAAAAGCAGUCCGAGUGCGCGACCAGAGUGGAGAUCGUCAGGCAGAGUUUACAAGGGAGAAACACAAAAGUUGCAGUGGUACUGAUACAGAAAAAAACCCCUUUGCCCCCAGGGGAGGAUGUGAUUGCUUCAGAAAGGGCUGCAGCUUUGUGUAAUGCGUGUGAACUCUCAGGCAAGUCUUUAUUCGUGCUGCCCCACACGGACCACCUGGUGGGUUAUAUUAUAAGAUUAGAAAAUGCCUUUUAUGAACAUGCACAGACGUAUUACUACACUGAGAUCAGACGAGUGAAAUCUCAUAAAGAAUUUUUGAAUAAAACCACGCACCAGCUUUUAUUUGUUCGACAUCAGUUCAAAAUAGCUUUCUUCAGUGAGUUGAAACAAGAUACCCAGAAUGCUCUGAAGAAUUACAGGACCGCCUAUAACCUUGUACAUGAAUUGAGAGCCCAUGAAACUAAUAUUCUGGAAAUUAAGACCAUGGCAGGAUUUAUAAACUACAAGAUCUGUAGGCUGUGUUUCCAGCACAACACCCCGUUGGACGCGAUCGCUCAGUUCCGAAAGCACAUCGACCUGUGUAAGAAGAAGAUCGGAAGCGCGGAGCUGUCUUUUGAGCACGCGGCAUGGAUGUCUAAGCAAUUCCAGGCCUUUGGAGAUUUAUUUGAUGAAGCUAUUAAGUUGGGGUUGACAGCUAUUCAAACACAGAAUCCUGGUUUCUAUUACCAGCAAGCAGCGUACUACGCCCAGGAGCGGAAGCAGCUCGCAAAAGCCCUCUGUCACCACGAGCCUUCUGUAACGUAUCCCAGUCCGGACCCCUUAGAAACACAGACAGGCGUUCUUGACUUCUAUGGACAGCGAUCAUGGCGACAAGGAAUCCUAAGCUUUGAUCUUUCUGAUCCUGAGAAAGAGAAGGCGGGGAUUCUUGCUGUUCAGCUGAAGGAGAGAAGCGUUGUCCACUCUGAAAUAAUAAUAACUCUUCUGAGCAAUGCUGUUGCACAAUUUAAGAAAUACAAAUGUCCAAGAAUGAAAAGUCACCUGAUGGUUCAGAUGGGAGAGGAAUAUUACUAUGCGAAGGAUUACACCAAAGCUUUGAAGUUGCUGGACUAUGUGAUGUGUGAUUACCGGAGCGAAGGCUGGUGGACCCUCCUCACAUCCAUACUGACCACCGCUCUGAAGUGUUCCUACCUCAUGGCCCAACUGAAAGAUUACAUUACUUAUUCCCUAGAACUCCUUGGAAGAGCUUCAACUCUGAAAGAUGACCAGAAAUCUCGGAUAGAAAAGAACCUCAUAAAUGUUUUAAUGAAUGAAAGUCCUGACCCUGAACCUGACUGUGAUAUCUUAGCUGUGAAAACUGCCCAGAAGCUGUGGGCAGACCGAAUUUCCCUGGCUGGCAGCAAUGUUUUCACGAUAGGAGUCCAGGACUUCGUGCCAUUUGUGCAAUGCAAAGCCAAGUUCCACGCCCCCAGUUUUCAUGUGGAUGUUCCCGUGCAGUUUGAUAUUUAUCUAAAGGCUGAUUGUCCACAUCCCAUUCGGUUUUCUAAGCUCUGUGUCAGCUUUAAUAAUCAGGAAUACAACCAGUUCUGUGUAAUCGAAGAAGCAUCCAAAGCAAGUGAAGUUUUAGAAAAUUUGACUCAGGGAAAGAUGUGCUUAGUUCCUGGUAAAACAAGGAAGUUUUUGUUUAAAUUUGUUGCAAAAACUGAAGAUGUGGGAAAGAAGAUUGAGAUUACAUCCGUGGAUCUGGUUCUGGGCAACGAGGCGGGACGAUGUGUGGUUUUAAGUUGGCAGGGAGGAGGAGGGGACGCUGCUUCCGCCCAGGAAGCCUUGCAGGCCUCCCGUUCUUUCAAAAGAAGACCGAAGCUCGCGGCCGGAGAGGUUCACUGGGACAGCGUCGUGGGCCAGGCCAGCACCAUGAUCAUUUCCAGAGUUCCAAACAUUUCUGUCCAUCUGCGGCAUGACCCUCCUGCCCUGACGAACGAAAUGUACUGUUUGCUUGUGACUGUUGAGUCCCACGAAAAGACCCCCAUCAGAGACGUGAAGCUCACUGCUGGUUUAAAACCCGGACAGGAUGCCAACUUAACUCAGAAAACUCAUGUGACUCUUCACGGAACAGAGCUAUGUGACGAGUCCUACCCAGCUCUACUCACCGACAUUCCUGUUGGAGACUUACAUCCAGGGGAACAGCUGGAAAAAAUGUUGUAUGUUCGUUGUGGAACAGUGGGUUCAAGAAUGUUCCUUGUGUAUGUUUCUUACCUGAUCAAUACAACUAUUGAAGAAAAAGAAAUUAUUUGCAAAUGUCACAAGGAUGAAACUGUAACAAUAGAGACCGUCUUUCCUUUUGAUGUUGCAGUUAAAUUUGUUUCUACAAAGUUUGAGCACCUGGAGCGGGUUUAUGCCGACAUCCCCUUCCUGCUGAUGACAGAUGUGCUGAGCGCCUCGCCGUGGGCCCUCACUGUCGUCUCCAGCGAGCUGCGGCUCGCGCCUUCCAUGACACCCGUGGACCAGCUGGAGUCCCAGCUGGACAAAGUUGUCUUACAGACUGGGGAGAGUGCCAGCGAAUGCUUUUGUCUUCGCUGCCCAUCUACUGGCAAUGUUGAAGGUGGAGUAGCGACUGGGCAUUAUAUUAUCUCCUGGAAGAGGACUUCAGCCACGGAAAACAUCCCUGCCAUCAGCACGGUCAUCACUCUGCCACACGUGAUUGUGGAAAAUAUCCCUCUCCAUGUGAACGCAGACCUGCCGUCAUUUGGGCGUGUCAGAGAGUCGUUACCUGUCAAGUAUCACCUGCAGAAUAAGACAGACUUAGUUCAGGAUGUGGAGGUUUCUGUGGAGCCCAGUGAUGCCUUCAUGUUCUCAGGACUUAAACAGAUUCGAUUACGUAUCCUACCUGGCACCGAGCAGGAAAUGUUAUAUAAUUUCUAUCCUCUGAUGGCCGGAUACCAGCAACUGCCCUCCCUCAACAUCAACCUGCUUAGAUUUCCUAACUUCACAAAUCAGCUGCUGAGGCGUUUUAUACCUACCAGUAUCUUUGUAAAGCCCCAGGGCCGACUUGUGGAUGACGCCUCCAUCGCUGCCGCGUGACGCCCAGGACCCGCCUGUUCUUGCGGAGAAGUGGGGCAGAACCGGAUGUUUUUCAUUGGGAAGUGUAGCUUGAUCAUGGUAAAAAUUAAUCUUUUCUAUUUUUUAUUGCAUGUUAUACCAACAGUUCAGAGGAACUCAUGCUUAAAAUGUUAGGAAAAUCGAUCCUCUCUUACAGUUUCACUAAUAAAUAUUUGCAACCUGUCAGUGUGAUGUGAAAGGAUGUCAGGCUGUUGUUAUUGUUAAAAGUCGUUUUAUGAAGAGUCAAUUCUUUUCAAAGUAAGUGAUGCGCGUGUGCGGCAGCGGGGAAAGCAAGCAUCUGAAACAGGACCAGAGGUGAGGAAAGUGCACCGGAUCCUGCCCCAGCGGAGUUCCGAAUCCCCGUGAGUCCCUUUCAGAGCUGGCUAAACCGGAGAGAGAUCCAUCCUCAGGAAUUUAAUGUGUGCUCAGAACACGUAACAGGAACUGGAAAGCAGUCACGUGGCCGAUACAGAAAACCUCUAGAAAGUUCUAAUCAAAGCAAUCAAAGAUGUCUAAAAAAUAUCUUUGCAUACCGUCAAAACACGUCACAUAGGUUCAGCUUGCAGCCAAAAUGUGGAUCAUUUAUGAAGCAGGUUUGUGUUUGUGUGUGUUGAACAAGACUUUCAUCCCUAAGGAUCUGAACUGCAAGGUUCUGACUAUAAUUUCCCAAACUAAAAAUUUUUUGAGAAAGAUGCAGGGUCUGAAUAAGAGCUUUUAGUUAUGCUGUGCGGUUUGAAAAAAAAACUAUUUAAAACUUCUGGAAAUCCAUGUAAAUAAAAAUCACAUUGUGAAAAUUCUCUUUGU